AUAUUACAAUCUAUAUUAAUUAAUAACUAAUUAAAUCAAUUUAAAAUUUACACGGAAUUACUACAUACUUUGAGAAUUUAAUUUUUAUUUAGUUGUUGGCGUUUGACUUCACACCAGUGGGUAAACAUAAAAUUUUGACAUUGACAGUUUUGACUUUUAACGCAUUCCCGAUUGUGUUUGUGUAUUUCGGAAAAUGUGAUGAUGAAAACGAUGUGAGUAUCGGAAAUAAACGAAAAAUGAACGCGGAAAUCGAAGAUAACAUAAGAAAGAAUGUGCCGUGGGCGCAAUUACCAUCACACGUAAAACAGUUACUUGAAAACAAUCCUAAAUUAUACGAUAGACAUGUUAUCACUUUCAGUAUUAAGAAUCAAUUGAGAUAUCGAGGAAAUUUAGUUCGUCAAGUUUUAAAAGAUGAAAAGCGUUAUUACGAACGGGUUAUCGCAUUUAGUAGGGAACGCUUAAUGCUGUUUCCAUAUCAUUUAGCAGACAUGGUUGUUAAAGGGUUACGAAUCACCCCAUUCAAUUAUUACGUCUCAGUCGUGGAACGUUUAAUGCAAGCCGAAAAAAGCUACGAUACUUUACCCAAUUUUACAGCUGCAGAUUGUUUACGUUUGCUCGGAAUUGGUCGAAAUGAAUACAUUGAAUUAAUGAACCGCUCCAGGACGAAUCGGGCGCGUUUAUUUGGUAAAAGAAAUGUUCGUGGGUUAUUACCAGCGGUUCCUGGGGAUAUUAACAUCGAACCGUGGUGGAGAGUUGAAGUUGGAAUGGUUUUGGAGGAUGAUAUUAGGAUGGUUAAUGAAGAAGAAUUAAAAGUAAUUGACCAUUUAAUUGAUUUUGGGUCACAAACCGCGGGAGAUUUAAAUUAUCACGUAGUUCUUAGCUUAUAUAAGAAAGGUUUGGUGUACUUGGACGUUCCUAUAACAGCUGCGGAUAGGGUUCAAGUUCCUCCAUUGCAAGGUUUCGUGAUGAAUCGCAUUUUAGGGGAUUAUUUCGAGACUUUAUUAUAUAAAAUAUUCGUUUCUAUUGACGAACAUACCACAGUUGGAGAAUUAGCGAAUGUCUUGGAUGUUGAAACGGAAUUGGUUAAACAAGCAGUUUCGCUUUAUUGUCGUUUAAAAUUUGCGAAUAAACUCGAUUUUGAGCAAGAACAAAGUAAAUUAAAGCGAGACCCAUCGUGGAAUAAUCAACCAAUACCUAUAAUUAAUAACGUCGAUAUCACUCCAUUAACUUUAAAUUUAACCCAAACUGAAUCAAAUUCCCCACCCAUCGAGAUCCAAUCACCACAUACCGACGUUCCAGAUAGCCCAGUGACAACAAACACCUUAAAAUCAGGAAAAAGGGUUGCGUUUUUAUUCGAUUCAACGUUAACCGCGUUUCUUAUGAUGGGAAAUUUAUCACCUGGCUUGAAAAAACAUGCCGUUACAAUGUUUGAAGUUGGAAAAUUAUGCGAUGAAAGUUUGGAUAGCUUUUUGACGGAACUCCAAAAAGUUUCCGUUUUAGACGCGGAGGGUGAAGGCGAAGCUCGCCGGUAUUUCGAGCACGCGGUUCUUUUAAGAUCGACCGUUUUGGCUUUGAGAAAAAUGGAUUCGCACGGUUUGGAUUUAAUUCGAUUGGAAAGUUUAAAUUCAUUGGAUGAGGCGACGUGCCAAAGGUUAUUACAAAAAAAGUACAAAUUAUUAGUAUCAAUGGCUCCUUUAAGCAAAGACGUAAAGACGAUUUCAAGUUUAAACCCGCCGCAUUUAGGCCCCGCCGUGCCGGAGGUAAAUUCAUUAUGGUUCAAAAUGUUUGUUUAUCACAAAACGGGUUAUGGCCCUCCGACUUUGUUCCUAACAAAAGGGACCGUUUUAAAACAACUUCCAAGAAUGUUUUUGGGAUUUUCCCGCCUUCUCGUCACAGCGUGGCUUCACGAACCGGCUGUAAUUCCAAUUGAGAAUGUUUUACACGUAAACGCAGCCCUGCAAUAUUCACCGGUGAUGAUUCAAGCUUAUGGGGUACAUAGACCGGCCACUAUAGCGGUGGUACCAUUUCCGUUUAGACCGGAAACUCCAUCAAAACAUAAUAUAUUAGACGAAAAUAUAUCAAAAUUAAAUUGGAAGGAUCACCCUUCGGUGAAAUUAUUAUCAAAAACGUUGGAUUUAGACCAUAAUUGCGGUUAUUUAACUUUCGCCAAUAUCGGUGUGUUGGAUUUUGGGUGCCCAAAACGAGACGAAUCCGUUAAAUUGGGUAAACAUCAUCUGGGAAAAGCGAAAAGAAUCAAUGAAAACGAACCAACAUCGAUUUCAAACGAAAAUUUUUCUUUUAAUAAUAAUAAUAAUGAUAAAUUAAAAAAUGAUUUUUGUCAAGAAACGAGUUCUAAAGAUAUUUCUAAUGAAGAUCGAUUACAAAGCCCGGUUGAAUCCCAUUUUGCGUUAACCCCAACGAAAAAUGCGAGUGGGGCGAAUUCCCCAGCGAACGGAUUUUUGAGUAAAGAUUGUACGGAUAUUCUAAAACAUGAAUUGGAUCAAUUAGAACUUCAAGAAGACGAGGAUGAACUGAAAAGAACUAAAAAUGAUUCACUUUUGAGUCCAAUUGAUGGAAAUAUAAGCAUGUUUUCGUUCCAAGAGUCUAUUGUGCAAUUAAAUAAAGAAAACGAUGUUGAAAAGAUUGAAAAUAUCGAAAAUGAAGAAAAAAUUAAAAACAUUGAGGAGGAUGAGUCAUCAAAAGGGGUUAUUUGGACUUUGUUGGAUUGCCAAUUUGGUGUGCCACUUUUUGAUGUUGAUGCAAACACGAAAAUCUGUGAUACUAUUAUUUAUGGGGGGUUAACUCAACAAGAUAGUUUGGAUGGAUUGAUUGAGUCAAGUCGGAAAUUGGGGACGUCUCUUUUAGAGUUUAUUUCUCAAUGCCAAUACUAUCCGGGUGAAAAUAUGGGUAUUUUAAAACGAGGGCGUUUAGUUCCGCUUCCACGACACAAUUUGGUUUUUGAUGAUGGUAAGAUAUCGGAAUGGUCGGGUAAAUAAGUUUAAAAACGUUUUAAUUUUAAUUAUUAUCUACUUUUUAAGAAAGAAAUUUAUACAAAGCGUGUUUAUUGAUUUAUUUUUAACAAAAAAUAUUUAAGUAAUAACGUUGUGAUAUGUCCGUAGUAUUCUUAUUCAUUCCAUUUCUUUCUUUUUGUAAUUCCAUUAAAAAAAAAAAUGCAUUUCUAAGCUU